GUGAGAUAUAGAAUCACCUCCAUCGACCAACGACACAGUCUCAUCCCACAAUAUCUUCUUUGCAGAAUGAGUUUCUUAAUCAAAAGCAAGACCUUGGGAAUAAUACCUAGAACUGCCCCAAUACUCUCUUUCACACUUUACCGAAACGCUGCUUCCUAUACUUUGUCAAGAACCAAACAAAUCACCCCUACACCAUUGGAAACAGACUAUCCUUUAAUCUCCCUGUACAAACCAUCUUCAAAACUUGACUAUGUUCUCACCUCUCUUGAUGGCAUUAUGAAUUGGGCCAGAAAAUCGUCUUUUUGGCCUGUUACCUUCGGUUUAGCAUGUUGUGCUGUUGAAAUGAUGCAUCUUUCCACCCCAAGAUAUGAUCAAGAUAGAUUGGGUAUCAUUUUCAGAGCUUCUCCCAGACAAGCUGAUAUUAUGAUUGUUGCUGGCACUUUAACUAAUAAGAUGGCUCCAGCUUUGAGACAAGUUUACGAUCAAAUGGCCGAACCAAGAUGGGUCAUUUCAAUGGGCUCUUGUGCAAAUGGUGGUGGUUACUACCAUUACUCAUAUGCUGUGGUUAGAGGUUGCGAUAGAAUUGUGCCUGUUGAUGUCUAUGUUCCUGGCUGUCCUCCAACUGCCGAAGCUCUUAUGUAUGGUGUUUUCCAAUUACAGAAAAAGAUGAUGAAUACCAAAACAACAAGAUUAUGGUACAGAUCUUAGGCCUUACAUGCUAUUUAUUUUGUAUCUUACUCAUUAUCAUUCAUUCUAUAUAUCUCAUUUCAAUUCAGCUCACUCAAUUCAACCUCAAUCCUCAAUUCUCCAUUUUACAUCAAAUAACAUGAAAAAAAUUCUAAAGAAUAUAACGAAUACAAUCUUACAAUCUUACAAUCUUAUGCUUUAAUGAUUCCUUGAUUUGCUGAUAAUUAUUCAAUUUAAUAUUCAAUUUAAUAUUCAUUCAACUACUUUAUUCCAUUUUAUCCUAUCCUAUCCUAUCUUAUCCUAUCCUGUCUUCUUUCCUAUUUUCUAUGUUAUAAUAAAUCACAUAUAACAAUAUAAAUAAACAUUACAAUUAUCCUAGUUUAAUUAUUGAAUUAUUUCAAAUUUUAAGCCUUUUUUUUUUAUUUUAUCUUAUUUGGUUACUAUUAUUCAUUAAU